AUGAUUGACCGCAGCGAAGCACUUGUCGACUUCUUGAACAGCAACUCUAAAUCGCUGUCAUCGGACAAGGGCGGCGAGGAUCGUGCGAAGAAACUUGCCGCUGCGCUUAGCAGCGACGCUGCGCCUCCGAUUUGGGAAUUCUACUGUAAUGACAACUUCUUGGACGAUGAGGACCCGUUCGGCGAUGAACGCGGACAGACCACCCGCAAAUUCGAUCAUCUUGGAGGCAGCUGUCGCGAUAACAAGCUCGGACUUGUGGCUUACCUGGAUCCCUCGAAGGGUGCUGAAAUAGAGACGAUCACGUUCUGUCCGGAUGCGCUGAAGGGUUUCACAGGAGAAUCGCUCAAAAGCGUGCGCGGAAAAACCUACGGCAAGGUACUUGGGAAGGAUGACGAAGGGAAAGAUAAUUUUUAUAUGGAUACGCCUUACUCUCAGGGCAUCAACGGUGCUGCGUACGGAUGGGAGUGCGUGACUAAGAUCAAUGAGAGUGAGGAUGCGGAGGCGGAGAACAACGGAGAUAGUUUUGCCUUCUACGUGACUGCUAUAUAUCUGGACAAGAAUGACUGGUCGACUGGGGAGGCGGCAGCUCUAUGA